AUGGAAAACUCGAAAAAAGACUGGAGAGAAGAUCUCGGAAAAGGGUGUUUUGAUGUUUUCAAAGCGGCGUUUUCACCGUGGACGCAAAGAGUCGAAAACGAAGAAAAAGAAUCUGAACUGAUCGAUCCGGUGAAUAUCAAACUUUUCAAAAUCGUCGGUGAUGGUGGCCAAGCGUACGUUUAUAGAGCUUCCUGGAAGAAUAGAGAAGUGGCCUGCAAAAUUUUCAAAAAUGAAAAUGAAGCCUCUCUCUCCGAUCUGAAAAAGCUACUGAAGCUCAAACACGAAAACAUCGUCAGCUUGAAAGGCGUCGUCGAGCGUUUUCCAACCGAGCAGAUCAAACACAGUCACAUUCAAGGACCUGGUCUUGUUAUGGAAUUUUGCAAAAUGACUCUUCAAGAGGUUAUCCAAAGCCAGCGAAUCCCAAUCGGCCCUACAGAAAUCCUCACAUACGCGACGGAAAUGUGUAAAGGGAUGAAAUACUUGCACAACAAGCGUAUCAUCCACCGCGAUCUCAAAUCGCCCAACAUUCUCGUCGGUUUCGACAAUAAAUUAAAGAUUUCCGAUCUCGAUUCCCACACACUCGCGCAUCCAGAAGAAUCUGCAAAGAUUUCCGUCCGUGGAACGCCGAAUUGGAUGGCGCCCGAGUUGAUCAGGGCUGAGAAGUGCUGCGGAAAGGUUGAUAUCUGGUCGUUUGGUGUUAUUAUCUGGGAGUUGGUGACGCGCGAAGAACCGUACAAGAACUUGAACUCAAAUCAGAUCAUCUUUGGCGUCGGCAGCAACAGGUUGAAGCUGCCUAUUCCGUGCAAGUGUUCCCCGGUUCUCGCCUCGCUAAUGACUUCAUGCUGGAAGACGCCAGCGUCAGCAAGGCCAUCUUUUAGCAGACUCGAGAAAAUGAUCCAGCAUGCUGAAAUGGACCUUGAAGGAGUCACGAUUGAACAACUAGAAGAUGACCGAUGCACUUGGCGUAGGGAAAUCAACACGGCUUUGGAAGACUACAAAUCUGCAAAAGAAGAGUCGACAAAGACCCGCGUCGAGGAAGACUGGAAAGAAGUCGCGAAACUUCGCGAAACACUCGAAAAGUUCGUAUCGGACAAGAUAACGAGCGGAGAUCUGAGCCCAGAGUGCAUUACACAAUCGUUCGUGCGUAUGCCCUCAAGUAUCCGCUUACCGAUCAUGAACAAGAUCGCUACGUCUGUCUCGCCGCCAGAUCUGAACUCUCCACCAACACCGUCCUCGGGUCGGCGAAGCAACCGCCGCCGCCGUGCCAAGAAACCACCAGCCACCUUUUCGCCCAACUUUGGCCAUGUCAACUCCGCUUUCCAGAUUACGUAUAGCGAUCACGAAGGGGAGAACGAAGGCGACUCCUCGGACGAUGAUGUUCCUCCCCGAGUGCCACGGGUUAACUCUGGCCUGCGCGCUAAGUCGUAUCACCAUAUUCGAACUGUCGACAAUCUGCAGCUUCAGCGAGAAGCAUCGAGCUCUGAUGAUGCAAAUAUUUCUUCUGCUUCGCCUCAUAGCUCAACCAGCGAGAAUGAAGAAACAACGGAUAGCUGUUUAUCAGACACUCCAGAGACCCCCGACAUCGGCGAGCUCCCAGUUUUCGACACUCAGCCUGUUCCCUUCAACCGACAAUCGUCGAUAGACGAAGGCUUUUUCUCCUCGCGCGGUCCGUCGCUGAACGACAAAGCAGCAACGCUCGACCAUCCGAAAUGCUCGAAUGGUACAAAAGUCCUACACCAGCCUACACGCAAUAAUCCAUUUCGCAAUUCAUCACCCGUUUAA